UAAUAAAUCACUUUUUUUUUUUCAUUUUUGGGUGAGCUAACCCUUUAAGCCAUUAGUCGACUAAUCGCACUUUUAUAUUAAUUUAAUUACUUAAAUAUAUACUGAGGAGAAUACUAAACCAUAAUGAGCGUUUAAUAUCUAUAGGCGUAAUAUAGCCAAUUCCGCACUCAAGCUUGUCACAUACUGCUUUGCCACAAAGCACAGGCAAAAGUGAGGAUUAUCAAUGUGUCGGGAAAAAAUAGCAAGGAGACAUUUUAAUUAUUUAUUAAUAAACUAGUGUUUUCUGAAUCAGUGUCUGAGGCUGCAAAGAUGAAGUUGACGAUGCUGCCUCGCUAUUUCCGCAUAGACGCUCCUAUAGAGAGAAAUGCACCUUUCAGAUGGAUUACAUAAGCAGAGAGUAUUUCUUUUCGAUUUGAAGUGGUUUGUUUAAAAGUAGAUAUUUCAAGCUUUCUAUAGAUAUAUUUCUCUUGUCUGUAAGGCAAGUAGCCUAUACACUGAAUUUCGGUUCAUUUUUAUGACACACUCCAGUUCAGGAAGACAGAGACACAGAGAGCGCAUCCCGUUUGUUUUCUUUAUUUUACAAAGGCACAAUGUUUUCUUGUGAUUGUGAGUUUACACAAAUAAAAGUAGACAGUUUUAAAUAAUGUAUUACUCUUAUCUGUAGGACCAAAAAUGAGAGAGUAUUUUAAGUUGUUUCUACUGUUAUCAUGAAAAAAUGCAAGUGAUCGCGUCGGCGCCUCCAUGUCAUGCAGUAACACUUGGAAAUGCACAAACACUUGGAUAUGCGCCUAAUAAUAGCGCACAUUUAUCUAGGUUAAUGUUAGAGCGAGCAGCCAUGUAAAGUUGCUACUACUUAAGUUUCGGAUGAUAAGCCAUAUUUGAGGUCGAUGGAUGAUAGGUGAACGUUUAGAUUUCCUGCCCGACAUGCUGUAAUUAGCACAAGGACCCGCCUUUAACAGUCUGUCCCUCACAGAUUGCGUGACUUUGCCACAAGUUUUUUUUUCUGCAACUAACUGACUAAUAAAAUUUUUGGUCGACUAAGCCUAUUUUAUUCGACUAACGAUUAGUCGACUAUUAGGGGGCAGCCCUACAGCCAUCUUUAGAAUUUUGUGUUUGAACUUCUGUUUUUGCAGUAGCUCUGUAUAUUUUUAUACAUUCUCUAUAGAGCAAUUUCUGAGAAAUGCUGUUGAAAAUUUAAAUAAACACCUAAACAAUAAUUAUAUAUUUUUUUAGAUGCUAGAUGUCUGUUCUGUGUGUGUAGAAAAAAAAAGUGUUUGUACAUAGUUCUGACUGUGUUAAUAGGAGAAAAAAAACAAUCCAUGGACCAAUCCACAGAGCACCAAAACACACUUGUAGCUAAUCAGCAGUAGGGGGCGUAUACAUUCAUGAUGGAGGAGGAGAGAGAGUGCACAAGAGCGACAUUUAAAGACUGUAGAAAAGAGAUAGCUAAGAUAUUACCAAAGAGGAAAAGGUCAGAGGAAUAUAAUUGGAAGAAGAAGGGUUACGGUCAGGCAAGAGCCAGGAUCCCCAUUAAUAUUGGAGAAGCUUUCCAGCGCUGGAGAGACGUUAGAGAGUGGGAAGGCCUGAAAAAGGACGCAGAGGCUGCUUUGUCUCUGCUCGAUACGUGUCCUGGCCUAGUGUGUGUGCUCGUGUGAGUGAGUUUAUUUAUACAUGUGAGUGUGACCGUGUAUCAUCAUAAUGGCCUCGGUGAGUGUGACCUUGGAGAAUCAACUGCACAGUGCGCAGAAGAACCUGCUGUUCCUGCAGCAAGACCAUGCCAACACACUGAAAGGCCUUCACGCUGAGAUCCGCCGCCUACAACAGCACUGCACAGACCUGACAUAUGAGCUGACAAUGCGGAGCUCAGAUCCAGGCGAUGAUGGUGAGGCUCGCUGCAGAGAGCUGCACCAGCGCUGUGAGGAGCUGGAGGCUCAGCUGAAGGCUAAAGAGCAGGAGAACACGGAGCUCCUGCGGGAUCUGGAGCAGAAGAAUGCCAUGAUCUCAGUAUUGGAGAACACCAUCCGUGAGCGAGAGAAGAAGUACCUGGAUGAGCUGAAGUUGAAGAGCCAUAAGUUGGCUGUGCUGUCUGGAGAGCUGGAGCAGAGAGCCAGCACCAUCGCCUACCUCACCUCCCAGCUCCACGCUACCAAAAAACGCCUUCUCGCCGGCGGCACGGCAGGUGUAAGCCCCUCCGUCAGUCCCGUCGGCUCUUUCAAACCCACCCCUCCUCCUGCUCCUUCAGCGUCGGGAAACGACAAGGACCUCCGGCAACCCGAGACUCCUCGCAGACGCAUGCGCAAAAGCCUUUCGCAGCCGCUGCACUCUGAAUACACAGAGCUGUACCGGAUGGGCGCCGCAGACGGCCGUAGGGUGGUACUGAGAGAAUCGGUAGAUGCCAUGCCAGAUCCUACACCAUUCCUGCAAGCCAGAGAGCCAGCGGCCGCUGCAGAGUCUCAACCGGUGCUGCGGGAACGCCCCUCUGUAAUCCCGCCCAUCGCGUCUUCGACCACACCCCCUGCACCUUCAAGCCCCGCCCACAUCCCUGUGCCUCCGAGCCCUAGGAAUAGUCCAGCACGGGAGGGACCCCAUCCCCGUGCUAACGCGCAUAUAGGAGUGGCGCACCGGAUCCACCGCUCACCCUCAGCCGGUGGAGGCGCAGCUCGGCAACAGGCGGAGGUGGAGACCCUCGCCGUGGACCAGGUCAAUGGGGAGCAGGUGGUUCGCAAACGUUCAGGUGCAGACAGAACUGUUUAAGACUGACAAUUGUGCACAUUUACACAUCCUAAAACAGAUAGUAUAUAAACAUAGAUGUAUUAAGACCAAUGCAGUAUAUGCAGAACUCUUUAUGACUGUGAAAACACACACACACCCAUACAGAUGCUCAAAUCAUCAACAUAUCACAGACAAACUUGUCAAUAAACGUAUAAAACACAAACACACAGCUUAAUACACUACGGAUAGAUAUAAACAACUAACAAACACAAUCACACAGCACAAACUUGGGAAAUGCUGAACAAUACACACUGGCAAGUGAACAAGAUUUAGGCAAAGACUGUUUUUCCGGGAAUGUGAGAGAAUUCGAAAGAUGAAGAGACUACGGAUGGCAGCAAGAGCUUCUGUAUGUCCUGCUGCUUUUAUGCAACACUGUAUAAACUAAAGACUUUUGUUCAUGGUCAUUUGAAUAACUUCUUUGUCUCACGUCAGUUGAGAAGGAGAACUGUGAGCAUGCCAAAUGUUUGUUUUUCUUUCCCAUUUGACUUCUUAGCAUCUUCUUUGCGCUUUCUGUUCUUCUCGUCAUCAAUGUCCCGCUCCGUUUUACUCAAGGUACAAGCAAACACACACACACAAAAACAACAACACACAUACUCACAUAUUGCCAAAUGUCGUCAUUGCCUGCUGAUUUAAUGUUCUAAUGCAUAUUCAUAUCUACUCAUAUUUAUUCAUGAGCACUGCAGUAGUACUGGAAUCUCCACUCUCCUUCAACUCUCCUUCCCCUCUCACUUACAUAUCUACAGGCUAAUGUGAACAAUCCUGCUGCUCCUUAUUAAACUCCUACAGAAAUCAAA